AUUCAGUAAAAUCAGAGAAUUUCAAAAGUUUAAUAACUAAAAGAGCAACUAACUCAAGACAAGUACUUCAAGAAAGAAAUGUUGAUAAAAUCAACGAAAAUCAAAGAGAAUCAAAUAAAUUUGACAGAAAGCAAUCUAGCAGCAGCAUAUUCUCUUUAAACAUUGAAAUUCCAAAGGGUCUUGAUGGGUCAAUAACACCAAAGGCACAAAUGAUUAAAAUAAAACGACCAGAAUCAGUUGCAGCACAAGCAAAUUAUUCAACGCCCGUGUCUUCUAUCAUCUAUGAUACAGCUUAUGAUCCGUCAUCAUCUUCCACAAUGUCAUUAGUUGAUCCAUCAUCAUCUUCCACAAUGUCAUUAGUUGAUUCAUCGUCAUCGUCUACAAUGUCAUUGGCCGAUUCAUUGUCAUCAUCUACAAUGUCGUUGGCUGAUUCAUCAUCAUCAUUUCACAAGAAAGAAGGGAUUCUGAAUUCGCCUUUGGAUAAUAAAAAUGUUUUACGUCCUAAUGUAAUAUUUAAUCAAGAUGAAAUAGAUACAAUUAGCAAAAAUAUUAUUAUUAUUAAAGAUGAAAUGGCAAAUGAUUUACCAGGAUCAAAUGAAAAAAUAAUACCACAUAAUUCAACCAUCAAUUUAGAAGAUCUUGAUUCAGAAUAUAAAAAGUCAAAUGUUAUUCCUGACUCAAUAACACAAAAACUUGUUGUAAAUGAUAUCAAAGUUAUACAUAAUAUUCUAAACAUAACAAUCGACGAGUUUAUAAAUGAAUUGGAAAAUGAUUUUUUCAAAAAUAAAGCUAUUCAUUUAAAGGAACAAGUUGAAAAGGCAUUUAAAAAAAAAUACGAUCUUUUUGAGAAACACUUAAAACUACAAGAAGCACUAGAUCAAACAAGGUUAAGAAUUAAUAAAAUAGAAAAGGAGUUAUUAGAAGUCAAAGAAAAACAUCAUAACGUUUGUGUGGAUAUGAGCAAGGAAAGAGAAUCGUUUAGGAAUGAAGAAGAAGAAAGAAAGAAAUGUGAAGAAUUACACGUUUUCCUUUCUAAUAUCGAAAUAUUUAGAGAACUUUUUCUAUUAAAGAAUGUCGCUAAUGCGGAAGAUAGUAACCGCAGUGACCUAAAUGUGGGUAGGCUUGUGGGUAUCAUUACAAAUAUAAUAUUGCGUAGCGGCGAUGAAUUAUUAGAUUCUAGUUACGAACAAGGUUAUUUGGGUAAAAUAAGAAGAUUUAAUGAAUUGUUAGAAACGUUCCAGGAAAUCUUGGAGAAAAUUAAGAUGACUUAUUAA